CAGCAUUUCGUUUUGUGCACUUGACAUACAGUGGAUCUCCCAUCAGUCAAAGUUAAUACCAGACAAACUAUAAGAACAGAUUCCUAAGAAUGGACAAAAAGACGAAUGCUUUGGGUGAGACUUCAGUCAUCAGCGAUGCUCACAAAGAUUCUGAUUCAAAUUUAUCCUGUGGUAUCCUCAAGGAUGGCACUCGUUUCUUUUACCCAGAAACAAUGUCUGUUGUCCAAUCGCUAACUUCCUUCAAGACAUGGAAUUCGUUUGGAACCUUAGUUUGGUUGGCUUCAGUGGUAGCCAUAGGAUCCACGUGGUUGCUAUAUUUGAUGGGGGCUUUACCUGUUUGGUAUUUUUGUGUUCAAUUCGCCUUUUGGCGUAUAGUAUACAACCUUGGUAUUGGCUACAUUUUACACAAGCAGUCCAAUAGCUCCUUUUUUGUCCGAAUCUAUCACAGUGCAAUGAGGCGUUACCCUUUCUUGCGAUCGCUAUUGGAGGAAUCUGUUGUAUUUACAAAGGGCAAGUACAAAGUGUCUGAGUUCCCUGAUGUGUUCAACGCAUGGAUGCUGUUUCGUCAGCUGGAAAAUGUUGUUCUUUCCAGCGAUCUUAUUUCUUACAUUGUCCUUUCCAUGGUGUGUUGGGAAAAAAUAUCACCCUGGUGUCCGCUAGACAUGCUUUGUUUUUUCAUUGGGCUUGGAUCAAUUUUAUUUUCCCUGCGUUGCAAAAUCGAGGCGCACCGCGUGGUGGGGGACUUUGCCUGGUAUUGGGGUGACUUUUUCUUUUUACUAGACAGAAAGCUCGUGUUCGAAGGAAUCUUCCAAAUGUUUCCACACCCUAUGUAUACAGUUGGAUACACAUUUAUGUAUGGUAUUCCACUCAUGGCGAAGUCCUACACUCUCUUUUAUAUGAGUGUUUUUGGCCACUUGUCGCAAUUGGCUUUUCUGGCUCUGGUAGAAAAUCCACAUAUUGACCGCACUUAUAGUCAAAUUGUUGAGAUAUCAGAGGAAGAUAAACAAAGGGAUGCAAUUUUGUAUGGUGAAGGUUAUCUCAAACCCAAGGAGAUGAUAACACUUCUUAACUUUAACAUUUUUCGUGCGAGUGAUUUACUUCUUGCUUUAGUAAUUUUUUACUUGUUUUUAUGUAUUUUCUUACCUAUACCACCAUAUGCGUUCGUUAUACAUGCUCUUUUCUGGCGUGUGUUUCACAAUGGUUUUUUGGGUUAUCUUCUACGAGAGGAGUCGGAAAAAAGAUGGUUCUCUAAACAGUAUGAAUCACAAAAAAUUGCUUUCAGAAACUGGAAACGUAUUUACAAUGCCAGCGUAACGAUUACAUCUAUAGCCUAUUGUCUGUGCGCGUAUAAACUAUUUCAAUGGGAAAUGCCUUUAUUUAGUAGUGGAGAGUCCCGUGUUUUCAUUAUAGUGGUUGGUAUUCUUCUGAUCGGCAUCAAUGUUUAUGUUAGUCUAAACGUUUUUGAAGCGAUUGGAAGUUUUGGUUAUUUCUACGGUGACUUUUUCAUCCGAGAGGUUUCACCUAGGAUCAACUACAGUGGUAUCUAUCGAUACCUAAACAACCCUGACACCAUAUUAGGAAUUUCAGCAUACUACGGUGUUGCUUUUAUCUCGGGAAGUUGGGUGGUCUUUCUCUUGGCUAUUUUUUCGCAUGUCUGUGUCAUCGCUUUCGAUCAUUUUGUAGAGCUUCCUCAUAUGAAAAAGCACUACGAAGAUCAACUACGUAAGCGUGGCGGGUUCCAUGCGGAGUUAUUGAGAAAGGUCGAUACAACCAAGACAGAAUGCAAAAAGUGUGUUCAAAGCCUUCAGGUGAAGCUGGCAAGCUCCAAGGAAAUUUGUGACGACAUGGUUAAGGGCUGAUGAAAUUUAAUAAUACACAUGCAUUAAAAA